AUGAGUAUAGGAUCUCUUGAAGACUCAAAAUUUUGUGAAGGAGGUUCUGUGGAGUAUGUCCGCGAUGCAGACGGAGAAAUUGUUCGGGUUUCAAAGCUUCCUCAUCUGAAGAGGAUCUGUUUCUGCCAGUCUGAUGUUCCUCUUAAGUUGCAAAUUCUGCAGAAUGAGAAACGUUUUGUAAGGGAGCUAAAUUAUAAUGCAUUGAACUUUGAACGUAUCUCUGAAAUAGGAACUUACUACCGCAACGUAAACUUUUCUGAAGCCUUUGCGCUCUAUUACACUUCUACAAAAAGAAUUUUGUCACACUUUCAGCUUGUUCCGGGAUUGCUUUCAAUAAAGAACUGCAAAUCAUUGACACGAAUUAACUUCAAAGAAGACCUUAAAUUAUAUGAAGGAUAUAACCAUGUAGACCAGCGUGACAAAGAAGUCUAA